AUGCCAGUGUCCAUGUCCAGCAACAGGAUGAGGUUAUACCCCCAACAUGCCAGCGCCAUGAACAAUCUUGGCACUCUGACUCGCAGCCCCGAGGAGGCAGAGAUAUACUACAGGAAAGCACUGGAAACCAACCCCCAGCACAACCGAGCUCUGUUUAAUCUAGGAAACCUCCUCAAGUCUCAGGGGAAGGAGAAAGAAGCUGAGUCUCUACUCAAGGACUCAAUUCGCUUUGGUCCACAUUUCGCUGAUGCCUACUCCAGUUUGGCAUCACUCUAUGCUGAACAGAAACACUUUGUUGAAGCCAAUGAAGUGUAUUUAAAAGGUAUAGAGAACUGCCCCGACAGCUCUGACCUGCAUAACAACUAUGGGGUAUUCCUGGUGGAUACAGGAGAAGGGCAGCGGGCAGCUGCCCACUACCAGCAAGCCGUACGGCUCAAACCAGCACAUUAUGUUGCCAUGGUAAACCUGGGCCGUCUGCUCCGAUCAUCCAAUGAGAACAAAGAAGCUGAGUCUUGGUACAAAAGGGCGCUGCAGGUGACGAGGAAGGUGGACAUUCUGACACCACUUGGAGCACUGUACUACAACACAGGUCGCUACGAGGAGGCCUUGCAGGUGUACAGAGAAGCUGUGGCCCUGCAGCCAGAGAGCACUGACAUCUGGCUGGCUCUGGCUCAGGUUUUAGCCAUGGCUGGUCGUACCAAAGAGGCAGAGAGGAUGACGCUGGACAUCAUAUCCAGAGAAGGCAGCUGCAUAGAAUGUUACCGCCUCCUUUCUGCUAUCUACAGCAAGCGUGGCAACUACACAGAGGCUCUGGAGGCUCUAGACAGGGCCCUGCAACAGAAUCCCAGUGACCUAACGGUGAGAGCAGAGCUGUAUUUUUCCAAAGGAAACCAGCUCAGAGAGAUGAACCAGCUGGACCGAGCAUUCGAGAGCUACAAGCUGGCUGUCGAGCUCAAACCAGACCAGUCACAGGCCUGGAUGAACAUGGGAGGAAUUCAGCACAUCAAGGGAGACUAUGCAGCAGCCAGGAUGUACUACCAGCGGGCUCUCCUUCUCAGUCCCGGUUCCAAACUUCUGAAGGAAAAUCUAGCCAAGCUGGACCGACUGGAGAGGAGACUGACAGGGGGAGGAUAGGCUACCACAGUGCCAGUACCACUGCGCUAUCCCAAACAUGGGUCAGGGGGAACAAAGGCCCCCUCUGUAGCCCAAACACCAGCCACCAGCCACCAAGGCUGUUGAAAAAAAUAAGUCUGUUACAAAACAGGCUGCUUUUGUGAGAGAAGAAGCAGGGUGAACCAGUGAGGACUGCAAAGAGAUAAACUGCAGGCCUGAAGACUUUCCUUGAGGAUACAGAGGAGAACAACUAGUAGACGCUCUGCGCGCUGCCCUGUCUGCGUCAGCUUUACUUCAACAUGCAAAUAUGCUUUCAACACUUGUUUCAUUUUCUUUAUGGCACUUAAUCAGAAACUUUCAUACAGCGGUCCACCGAUUUGCUUUGUGGAUCUUUCAAAUGCAUCUCAUGCAUUCUCACAAGGAGAAUAUCAGAGUCACACUGCCUCAUGCAACCACAUGUAACUGUGGCUACAAGCUAAGCUGUACUAAGCCACCCUAAGGCAGUUCAAUCUUAGCAGACAUUUUGUGAAUGAAAUCUGUCCAUAAAUGGAUCGGGUUUUGCAUGAGGCCUAUUGAUUAUUACUACUUCAGUCAAGUCUCAAGUCAAGACUAAGUCUGACUGGAUUUUUGGUAACUGUCAAUUUUAGACAUGCCAUAUGAUGAAGGUAACAUCUCGCUUCUGAAACUAGCGUGAACCAGCAGGAGCUCAGCUUCUUGCCUUUCAGUAUCACAGCAUCAAACUCUUCAAACUUACUUUCAGUAGGAUUAUUGUUCUUUGGCACUUCAAAAGGAAACACCUUCGGGACUUUUUUGUUUCUUUCCAAAAUCACUUAGAAAGGAGAAUGCUCUGGUUUCUUUUUAGUGCUUUGUGGCUUUAGAGUUCAUUUAACUGAACUACUCUGAAAUUCAACAUAGCAGCUCUUUGCAGAAACAGUGUCUUCAUUAUCUGACAGUGUAUCCACAGGACACAAAAUGUAGUCCCCUUUCUACAGACUGCAAUAAUUUAUGGCUCCUGCCCUCCAGCAGCUGAUAAGUGUCUGCAGUUUGAACUCUGGAAGCAAUAGUAUCGCUAAUUAUCUGAGCUGCUGUUAGUUUGGUGUUUUUGAUGCUGCUAACUCUGAAUUUCUCUGCAGCAGAGGGAAUUUAUGGCCUGCAGUUUGACUGGCUCCUUGUACAUUUUUCCAUAGUAUAAAUGUACUUAUGAUUGUAUUCUCUGAUACAUUCAUUUAGUCCAACAUCAAAAAUCACAUAGGUGGUGUUAUGCUGUCAUGUUUGCAGCAAUAACAUCCUCUGUCCUCAGACCUUUGACUCAGAUAGAAAAAACCUUCCAAACUGUCUCUGAAAAUAACCAUCAGAGAGUGCAUAAAAUGUUAUAAGGACAUUUGAGAUUAAUAAAAUUAUAGAAGUAAAUUAAUUGUAACUCAUUUUCAGCUUUGCCCAUGACCUCUUUUCAGCUGAGAUAAACAUCACAUGCCUCCAGUGCAUUUGAGCAAGGUUUCAUUCUUGGGCCUCGUGAUUACAUCUGAGGCAGCGCCGUUCACUGAAGAAAGCUGUUGAAAGCUUUGGAAAACUAAAAAGUGGACCUCUUGAUUUUUUGUGUCAAACAAGAGGAAAUAAGGGAAGAAGAUUCAUUUGGAUCCCACUCUGCUGGGAUACCCCAGUAAAUACACAUGUAAAGCUAUCAGAUUGCAACUUGUUAAAUAUUAUUUUGAUAAUAGCUGCUUCCUCUUUGAUUAACCAUAUUUAUCUGGAGUGGAAGAAGCUACACAAGCCUUCAACAAGUAUAAGCUAGUGUAUUGCCUCCUGUGUGGAGCUCCAGCUCAUGACUUCAUAUGUAACAUAACCUCUGAGGAAUGCUGUUUAGCUGAUUGUUGUGUUUUUGUCAACAAUGUUGAUUGUAUUGAGUGAAUUUUGUUGUGGAAUGCCAGUGAGAUGAAAAUUAAGUGAAUAGUGCAGUGACUGGGUUGCACCAAGAAAAUAAAGUAUAUCUUUUAUUAAA